AUGUGGAGAUAUUUCUGGUCUAGAAAUGAGGUAGCCGUCAAUGUUCCGAGAUACCAGGGAGGCGAAAACGAAGAUUCUGUUGAUCUUCAAAUCAAAUCUUUGAUGUAUAUGUUUGAGAGACUGAAGAUAUAUAAUUUUGCCCCCUUUCUCAAGAUUUUAGACUCAGGGGAAGUCUCUUUUGACUGGCUCUCGAAACCUGACGCACCAAUUCAUCCUGAUGUGAUUAUCAACGACAAGUUGGACUCGGUUUAUGACAUCCAAUCAUUCAAAAAGAUUCUCCUUGACGACCCUUAUCGAAUUCUGAUUGACUAUUGCAAAAACAAAUUCAGGUCGUAUUUGAUUCUAAGUGAUAGUCCUAAAGAGUUCUCAGAACUUCCCAAGUUCAUGGCUCCAGACUUUCAAUUUACAAUAUUGAAAGCCAACUCUUCGGACAAGAAUUAUAUUGAUGUGUUGGUCAACAAAUCUGAUAUAUAUAAAGAACAUAAUAUUAGCCAACGAGUGAAGACAGAUAUUGCGAGAGAAAUCAUUGCUGCACAAAGAGCCUGUUCUAAUGACAAGGUUUUCGAUAAGAACGAUAGAGCAAAGAUUAUUAGAUUUUAUGUUCAAAAACUUGCAUACCACAUACAGGUGGAAAGGAUCUAUAAGGCAACUUUGAAGUCAAAAGAACAAAGGCUUCAAAGUACCAGGGCCAUACUACUGGACGCCAGCAGGCCAAGAGGAUUGAAAUCUCAUAGGUCUGCAGUCAACCUGCAAAUCUCUCAACCGCUGAAAUCCAGCAAUCGCAGUACUUUACGUGCUAAACCAUCCAUGUCAAUUAUGAAACUUGAUAAAGUAUACUCCGAAAGUACCCAAGAAUCGGAUUCAUCGGACACCCUGAUAUCAUCUGAGACAUCGGAAACGGGAAGCGAUAACUCUCUAGAGACGCUAUUCCCUGUAGUCGAAAUGCGCUCCGAAAAAAGGUUUACGGAAGAAGAGAAGAAUUUCACGUACGAGCAAAGCAAAUUAGCAGUCAGGAUAAGGGUUGAACGCGAAAGAACCCACUUGCAAAAGUCACACGCAUAG